AUGAGAGAUGGUCAGGAAAUUCCAGGGGGUGGUGGUGGUGGUGUAAGCGGUGGCGGUGGAAUCAAAAGGAAAUAUAAUUAUGAUAAAAGUCCUCAGGCGACUUUCUCUCCAGCAAGUUACUCACCUACAAUUUUAACUCCUUCGGCGAAAUACAUCAGUCGUACGAAUGCCGGUACCAUCGUAUUCAGGUACAACGAUGACGAGACCGAAAGAAAUUGGAAAUGCGAAAACGGUUUUACGGCAAAAAUAAAAAAUAUGGUGGAAAAUUCAAUUUAUUACUACAUGCACAACAGUCUGACGGAUUAUUUGGAUUAUUGGAACGAUAAUAUUGAGAAAAUAGGAAAAUUGAUAAUUGGAAAAUAUUCUCUGGAAGAGGAAAUGCCGAUGAAUCACAGAGGAGUCACGCCUUUUAUUUUGGUGGGUCGCAUAGCUUGCGACGGAGAGGGUCGUCUUAAAUCGAAAAAUAUCCUUCUCGAAGGCACAUCCGACAACGCUUCGGGUACAUCCGUAGAUUUAGAUUUGUCGGUACUACCCAAGUACUCGAUAUUUCCCGGUCAAGUCGUGGCUGCCGAAGUAUAUUCUCUAACCAAAGAAAGAUUAGUCGUUAAACAACUCUACACCGAUACCAAUUUGAAUUUUUUCAAACCUUAUGAGUUAACGAAAGGAGGAGGAGGAGGAGGAGGACCACUGAGCGUGAUGGUGGCCUCCGGUCCGUACACGCCAUCCGACUCCAUGACGUAUCAACCGCUUUUGGAUUUGAUGAAAGAAGUUGUUAAUGUCGAGCCUCACGCGUUGAUUUUGACCGGACCCUUCAUUGAAUCCGAUCAUCCGGUAUUUUCGGAAAAUAUGCUCGCCGAAACAAUGGAAGAUUUCCUCGAGAAAAUUAUGGAGAAAAUUAUGAAACCGAUAGAAAGGCUCAAAACUCAAGUGAUAAUAAUAAAUUCGUACAAGGAAUUAACGUCUCCGAUGGUUUUUCCAACGCCGGAAAUGAUUUUAAAAUGCACGAAAUCAUAUCCUAAACUUCAUCUGUUUCCGGAUCCCUGUUUGUUUUCGUUGGACGACGUCGUUUUCGGUGUCACGUCGACGGAUGACGGUGGAAGAUUGUCGCGAUUAGCAAAGCACAUUUUACAUCAGAAAAGUUUUUAUCCUCUCGCACCUGCCAAAGACGUACCUUUGGAUCCGACCUUGAUGGAUCACGUUAAACUCGACGUCGCACCCCACAUACUAAUUCUACCCUCGGAUUUACGAUAUUUUAUUCAGAAAGUUGAAAAUUGUACCGUCGUCGUGAAUCCUGAAAGAUUAGCCAAAGGACUCAUUGGUGGAACUUAUGCACGUUUGAUCAUAAAUAAAAAUGACGUCAUAGGUAAUAUUGUUAAAAUAUAA